CCAGCCGUCCAUUGAAUCAUCAAAAACCUAACAAAACCCUAUUUAAUAUUUUCAAAGUCUCUUCUCGUCCCCCUUUUACUCUUUUUUUUUGUACAAGCCCUUGAUAACUCUCCAGCAGCCGCAUCCAAAGAUGGGUGAGGAAGCUAAGGCUGUGGUUCCCGAGUCACUAUUGAAGAAGAAUAAGAGGAAUGAAGAAUGGGAACUUGCUAAAAAGCAGGAGCUUGAAGUUGCAAAGAAGAAGAAAGUUGAGAACCGCAAGCUGAUUUACUCUAGAGCCAAGCAGUAUGCAAAGGAGUAUGGAGCUCAGGAAAAGGAGUUGAUUCAGUUGAAGCGCGAGGCCAGGUUAAAAGGAGGGUUUUAUGUUGAUCCGGAAGCUAAGCUUUUGUUCAUCAUUCGAAUUCGAGGUAUUAAUGCCAUGCACCCCAGGACAAGAAAGAUCUUGCAGCUCUUGCGUCUGAGACAGAUUUUCAAUGGUGUUUUUCUUAAAGUGAACAAGGCAACAAUGAACAUGCUUCACCUUGUUGAACCUUAUGUGACUUAUGGAUACCCGAAUCUCAAGAGUGUGAGGGAGUUGAUUUACAAAAGAGGUUUUGGGAAGUUGAACAAGCAGAGAAUUGCUUUGACUGACAACGCCAUUGUUGAGCAGGCUUUGGGCAAGUUUGGCAUCAUCUGUGUGGAAGAUCUCAUCCAUGAGAUCAUGACUGUGGGGCCUCAUUUUAAGGAGGCCAACAACUUUCUUUGGCCAUUUAAGCUAAAGGCACCAUUGGGAGGUCUGAAGAAGAAGAGAAACCACUAUGUUGAAGGAGGAGAUGCUGGCAACCGCGAAAAUUACAUCAACGAGCUAAUUAGGAGAAUGAACUAGACAUGAUAUUUGUUAAUUUAGCGGUUUGAGAUUUUAGUUUAUGUGCAAGGAUCCUUGAUCUAUUUUGGAGGUUGAGAGAAGUUUUCAUAAAAAGUAUGAAAUUUGCAAUUAUCUACUAUGCGACUGUAGUUCCUAAAAGUUUUGUGGUAUUUAAAGAUUUUAUUUCUAAUGCA